CUACAAUCGUGUGUACCGGAAUCACUCUGCCGAUAGAACAUUAUUUCCAAGUGGCGGAUAGGACGCUCCGGUGGGGGCCUCGGCUGUAUUUACAGGUCUCUUACUGACCGACUUCUAGACUUGGAAGGUCAGCUACCAAGAAAUUACCAUGAUACCACAAGGCCGAACUUCGUUGCAAUCCCGCAAGCCAAUCUGGUUCCCUCCAGUUAGUUCCAAACCGUGUUCGUUAUCAACUUUGCAUACAAAUGGGGCGCUUCCUGCUCCCAGGCUUAAAGUUCAACAGUCUUGCACUCUAAAGAAAUCACCCGACUCAUCCACGGGAUCUGACAGUGGUGAGGGCUCGGAUCUAUCUCCUUCCCCCACGCUCACUGGUGAUCAAGAUCGUGGCUUUUCACCCUUGGAUUCGCUUUGUCCCAAUCACACAGCUUCGCUGUUUGUUGAAACUGAGUUCACUACUCCAAGUGCCCCUAACAGGUCUUCCGUAAGGCUCGAUAAUUGUGCUGUUUCUUCGGACACUGGAAGCAGUGUAUCUCAGUGCUCUUCGUCCUCACCUCUUCAGAAGAGAAACCCUUUAUAUCCUUUGCAGACUGCGUAUGUGUUAACGGCCCCGUAUCAGUCACUUCCCGUGCCGGAAAAACAUGUGUUUCUCUAUACUUGGACUUUGGCCGCACCAAAUAUUUUGGCCAAACUGGCCGCUAUCGAUCUUAGGUGCUUCACCAAUACAGAACAAGCAUUUGGGUUGCUGUUCUCUAAGCCAAUUUCAAAGAGCGACUACGUUUGUCGAAUUCCCCUAUACUUAACACGUGGUAUGACUCGGGCUCGUGUACGCCUGAUCCGACGGCUCCUCCUUACUGACGAUCAGCUGAAACUCAUCCUUUCCGCCCAUCACAUCGUUGCCGAAUUGCUAACAAACAUCGCCGAUUUGUCCCAUGUGGGAUUGCGUCACAGUGAUCUCAGAUUGCGUUCUGUAUUCGAACAGAAAACUACAGAUCCCAACGGUGUUUCUGUGCGGAACGCAUACACUGAACUGGAAUUCGACCCGGUGGCCUCACGCGCCCUUUGCCUAGUUUGCAUCAUGAACGUUAAAACCGGUGAACUAGAUCUGGAGGCUACAAAGCUAUUGUUGGAAUGGAACAAUGCGAGACGCGAUUGGAGUUACGAGACACACCAAUCGAGGGUACAACCUGUGCACGGUAUUGUGCCCAUCUACUCGGUUCGAUUGAGCCAACUUCCAGUUCACAAUUGGGCAGGUCUUAUGGUGCGACCUUGCCAGCUACCGGCAGACGAUCCAGCCAUGUUUGCAAUCUCUGGGCCCAGUCAGAAAACCGGUCUGGACCAGGUCCCCAGUGAAUGGGCUGACAAGGUGUUCGCCACGUUGCAAGGGAGCGAGUCCACUGAGUCCACCACUACUCCCAGCCCUAUUUUGUCUUACUUCGAUUACUUUGCCAUUCGUUCCCCAUCCAUACUCGAAUUGAUAGAGAAUUCGGAUCCCCGACUACCACUGGCCACUUGUUUCCGUCUCACUCGGCAUCAGAACGCCGCACAAGCCGUCGCCGGAAUGCGCAAGGACAAGCGUCUGAGGCCACGUGGCCCCUGUGCCCUCUAUUUGGCCGACGCUUGUGCUGUGCAUCCUCUGUCCGCCUGGCUUUGGUUCCUCAUGUCUGUCCUCCCGGUGGUGAUGUACCAGUUAACACGAGCCGUUGCUGCGGUGGAGCUGUCAGAUCUACUCGUGUCUGCGUUACGCGAUCCGUCUGCUAUCCGUCCGACCACCGCCCACACCGUUCUCUUGCCUGAUCGGAUUGACAAACCGAGGUGUAUGCUUAGUGAACUGAACGAGUUCACGGAUGUGGAUUUCGAAGUACAGGAAUCCACAUCGCUCGAUGAUCUCAUGUUGGAUGACAGAGCAUGCCCAGUCAUCAUCGAUGAGCGCGCGUCAAGACCUGCCGACCUGCUCGAGGCGACUACUCUGUUGGCCAGUCGAGAUGCAGUCAACUUAGAGCGCUUGGAGUUACUCGGUGACUCCUUCUUGCAACUUAUCGGUACCUUGUCUGUUUACAGUGGCUCUUCUGCCAGCGCAGACGAAGGCUAUCUAACUGCCAAACGGGUUUCUUUGGUAUCCAAUUCCAAUUUAUGCAAAAUUGCCUUGCGCCUUGGAUGGACGAAAUACUGCACAGGACAAGCCUACUCACCUCCUGAUCAUUUUCUGUUUCCCUGCUACACUGUACCCCGCUCGGCCAUGAAAUUCGAAUUUGACUCGCGACUACAUAUAAAACUGACCGACAAAUCACUCGCUGAUAUGAUGGAAGCACUUAUUGGGUGCUUGCAUCAACACUUGGGACCUCCUGCUGCGUUCCGACUGAUCUGUUUCUUGGGCAUAUCCGCUGACCUCGAACGGCAUGUGGAUCCAGUUGAUGGGACUUGGUGCAAACUGUUUCACACCGAAUUAUCACCAACGAGGUCGCGUUCCAGAUUGAGCGCUGUCCGUGGAAUGACCAGAUCGCGCUCAAUGCUCCAGUUUACAGAAAAAUCAAGUGAGGACUCACCGCCUAUGGAUUUGGAUACUAUCCCAGUCGGAACGUUUACAGAAGUGAUGGAUAGAUUCAGCUCGCAACUUGUCGGAUUACAAAAAUUACUGGGCUACCAAUUCACCGAUAUCAAGCUGCUCAUUCGAGCUCUCAUUCAUCCUUCCUCAUCUUACACCGAAUUAUUUGGAUCCUAUCAACGGCACUCUCAGGAGCAGCCCAGUCGAUCCCCUGAUUGCGAGUCAAUUCGCGUUCAGGUGGUGCCUACUGAACCGCGCACAUUUGGUUUACGGGCUCCAUUUGAACUUGAUCCCGAUUGGUUUUUGUUGAGCUCGUACGAAAAGUGGAAUGUUAAGUUGAGGAGGCUGACCGAAUCGCGCGCUAACAUCGUAAGCAACAACAGUCUCGCGUGUGCUGUAGUGGAGCACAAAAUUCAUCGGUUCAUUUACCACUCCCAACCCUCUUUCGACGCGGCCGUCUCCUACCUCAACUUCAUAUUGGAACGCACCACUUGCUUUGCAGAGCAGUUGGAGCUAAUCAAUCAAGCUGUGCUCAAGGGCUUGCGCAUUAAAACACUCGCGGAUGUCUUCGAAUCCAUACUCGGAGCCGUGUUCGUCGACACUCGCGGCAGUUUGGAGGUGGUAUCCGGGAUCAUUCAUCAUUUUUUGGACGACCGCAUCCAUGACUACUUGAAAAACAAUCCAAUCAACCCAUUGAAAUCCCUUCAUCGAUUAUAUCCCGACCUGAAGUACACUGACAUGGAAGUGUUGACUCCGGAACACAGCUCAUCAAGAUUCAAAUUGUGCGCCACUGUUUCAGGCAAACAAAUUUACUCCUACGGGGUCACACGCGACGCGGCUCGUUUGGCUCUCGCCGAACGGCUACGAGUGCCUCUUAAAUCGAUCGCCGACAACUCAGGUUAAAUUACUUCUUCCUCCUCCUCCUUCUUCCUUACCCUCAUCAUACGCGCGAUUUCCGAUACCUGACUAUACAACAGUCACCCCCACAAUGCUGUCAAUAUUUCUUUGAACGAACCGGUGAAAUGCGCAUGUGCAUAGAUAACAAUCAUCCUAUUUUUCGCGAUCCGUUCUUCUUCCACCUUUCUUCUGUCUACUACUCAGGGCCAGUACCAUUCUUUUAUUUUAGGAUUGUUUUUCAAUUUUGUUUCCCCUUAUCCUCACCUUAACGAUUUCUGCUAUUUUGCUAUAUAAUGGUACCGAAUUUC